AUGGCUUCUAUUAAUGAGUUUCACCGCAAGGGUAAAUUGGAUUGGAGGUUGAAUAUGUCCUUCUUAAAGAUCAUACCAAAAGAAGACUCAGCCACUGUCAAGGAUUUUAGACCUUUGAGUUUAAUUAACAGUUUUUAUAAGAUUCUUUCUAAACUGUUAGCUGAAAGACUCAAAGUGGUGAUGCCUGGUAGAUUGAGACAAAAGAAUCCUGGAAUUAUGUGCAAGAUAGAUAUGCAGAAACCUUUGAUAACAACUAGUGGGUUUCAAGUGGUGGAGGGGGGAACUGUGGUGUCUCGUUUACAGUUUGCUGAUGACUCUAUAAUUCUCUUAGAUGCUUCUAUGGUUGAGGUAAGAAGAUUGCUUGUUAUUCUUUUAAUGUUUGAAGUUCUCACUGGUAUUAAGCUAAAUUUAGAGAAAAACUCCAUGACAAGCAUUGGUGCAGAUGAUAUGGUGGAAGAGUUGGCUUUGGGAUUGGGUUGCAAGAUUGAAUUUCUUCCAGUAACUUAUUUGGGCAUGACUAUUGGUGCUGGUAGGAGGAGUGCGGUUAUAUGGGAAAUCAUCAUUCAAAGGAUGAAAAAGAAGCUAGCUCCAUGGAAAAGAAAAUACUUGAAUAAAGAUGGAAGAGUGGUUUUGAUCAAAAGCUCUCUUGAAAUUUUAGCAGUCUAUUUUAUGUCUUUGCAUUAUCUCCCAGUUUCAGUUGAAAAGAGGUUAAAUACUAUAAUGAGGAAGUUUUUAUGGGGUGAAGAUGAUGAAAAGAAGAAGAUGAGUUAG